AUGGAGGACCAGCUGGCGCAGCUCCUGGCCAACACUCAGCUCCCCGAACAAGCACCCCGCCAAGCUGCCGAAAUCGAGAUCAGGCGGGCUGAGACGAAUCCCGCAUUUCCCAUUUCUCUUGCUCGCAUCGGUGCGCACUCGUCCAUCGACACGGGCAUUCGCCAGUCUGCCCUCAGCACUCUGCGACUCUUCAUCGAGAAGCAUUGGGCCGUGGAGGAGCUCGACGAUGAGCCCCAUAUCCCCAUCUCGGACGAGGCCAGAGAGCUUCUGAAACAGACCCUGCUCGAGGUUGCCCUGAGCCCCGAGGAAGACAGAAAGGUCAAGAUUGCAGCCAGUUAUGCUGUUGGCAAGAUUGCCAUUCACGAUUUCCCAGAACAAUGGCCCGCCCUUCUCCCAACCAUCCUAGGCGUCAUUCCCACUGGUAACGAUGCUCAGCUUCACGGAGCCCUGAGGGUGCUUAGCGACCUGGUCGACGAAAGCCUGAGCGAGGACCAGUUCUUCUCCAUGGCCCAGGACAUUGCCAAAGCUCUCACCGAGGUGGCACUCAACGAGAACCGAAAGCCGAUGUUGCGCGCCCUUGCCAUUUCCGUCUUCCGAGGAUGCUUCGACCUGAUGUACAUGGUCAAGGAUGAAAACAAGGAUGUCAAGGUGUUCGCAGAGGAGCUUCUGGGACGAUGGAACCCCUUUUUCAUUGCCGUGCUCAAGGGCCGUCUGCCAGAGGGUGACUCUAGCUCCGGUGCUCAGCCCGACGCCUGGAACAGCAUCAUUGCUCUCAAGCUGCAAGUGGUCAAGACCCUCCUCCGCAUUCGCAGAGUCUUCCCCAACCUUCUCCUUCCCCAGAGCACCGCCUUCUUCACUGCUGUGUGGGAAGAGCUCAGCAUCAUGCAGGGCGCUUACGAGCAGCUGUACAUCAUCGAUGAGGUGCAGUCUCGAUUGGAAGACUCUGACAACCUGCCAUAUACCCUCGAUCUCCUCAUCUUGGAGGAGCUUGAUUUCCUCAACCAGUGUUUCCGCGCCCCGCCUGUCCAGGCCGAACUUGACAGCCACCUUCAAGCCCACGCCUCUGGCCACGAGGUCCCCUGGAUGAUGGAUCUUAUGAAGAUGCUCGUCGGAUACUCUCGCGUCACUCGUGAGGAGCAAGAGCUCUGGGAUUUUGACUGCUCUUUGUACCUGGCAGAGGAGACUUCAGUCACGGCCAACUACACCGCGCGCACUGCUGCCGGUGACCUGCUCAUCAAGCUGGGCGAGUGGUUCAAUGAGAAGACGGUCGACGGCCUGUUUGGACACACCAAGAGCCUCUUCCCCGGCGAGGGCCCCUCCGCCUGGAGAAGCCAGGAGGCCGCGCUCUACCUGUUCGUCAUGCUUGUCAGCGACUUCCAGGAUUUGAACAAGCCCAUCCCUGACGCCGUUGCAAGCGCAUACCUGGAGCUUGUCGACUUUGCCAUCUCCCAAGCCAAGCAGCCCCUAUUGCGCGCUCGAGGAUAUCUGGUGGGUGGCAUCAUUGGCCGCUCACACCAGACCCCACCCAACCUCGUUGAUGCUAUUGUCCACUCCAUCACGAACGAGGAGUCUGAGGUUGUGCAGGUCGCGUGCAUCAAGGCCAUCGAAGGCCUUGUCAGCUCAGGACGUGUGGCCCAUGACCGCCAAACCCCCAUCAUUGCCUCCAUCCAAGCCUACAUGAACAGCAAGGACCCCGAGGAGAUGGAAGAGGCUGACGAGCUCCUUGUCACCCUGACCGAGGCUCUCAGAGCCGCCAUCGGCAUGGACAGCCAAAUUGUCAUUACUAGUGAAAUUCCAUCGGUGGAUCUCCUCUUCUUGUUGGCCAAGCUUGGAGCUAGCAACUUCCAGGUUACGAUGCUUGUGACCGAGGCCUUUGAGGAUAUUGUCACCAGUCUCUCGGAUGCCUCUUCAUAUGGCGCUCUGUGCGCGCGUAUUUUGCCUACAUUGACUGGUGCAUUCGAUGUGGCUAACCUUACAGAGGACAACCCUCUUGUUACCGUUGCGACUGAGCUGCUGGGCGUUUUGACAGAGCAUGGCUCAGAGCCUCUCCCGGAGGGCUUCGUGGCCGCCACUCUCCCCAAGCUCAACCGCCUGCUCAUGGAGUCUGGAGAGGGCGAUGUUUUGCGACCUGGAUCCGAGGCCGUCAAGUGGAUUCUGGUUCACGACCACCAACAAGUCUUCAACUGGCACGAUUCCAACGGCCGAUCCGGUUUGGAAGUCUGCCUGCACAUCAUUGACCGACUCCUGGGCCCCUCCAUCGAGGACAACGCUGCCUCCGAGGUGGGAGGACUCGCUGCUGAACUUGUCGAGAAGGCUGGACAAGAGCGUCUGGGACCAUUCCUGCCCCAGCUCCUGCAAGCCGUUGCUAACCGACUGGCUACCGCGCAAGCCGCUGCCUUUAUUCAGUCCCUUAUCCUCGUCUUCGCUCGACUGUCCCUGGGCGGUGCGCAAGACGUGGUUGAGUUCCUCAGCCAGAUCCAGAUCAACGGCGAGAGCGGACUUCAAGUUGUUCUGGCCAAGUGGCUGGAAAACUCUGUCAGCUUUGCCGGAUAUGACGAGAUUAGACAAAAUGUGAUUGCUUUGUCGAAGCUCUACUCACUCAACGACCCCCGAGUAGCGCAAACGUCCGUCAAGGGCGAUUUGAUCGUUGGCGCCGAUGACGGAAUGAUCAAGACCCGAUCUCGCGCGAAGAAGAACCCCGACAAGUACACCAUUAUCCCCGCUACUCUCAAGAUCGUCAAGGUCUUGAUUGAGGAGCUCCUCUCUGCCUCGGGUGCCCGUGCUGCCGCCAGCGCUGCAUCUGCCGCCGUUGCCAGCGCCGAAUUCGACGACGAAGACAACGACGACGAGGGAUGGGAGGACGACGACGACACACUCGACCUCUCCUUGGGCGCCACCAAGGCCGAUCUCAUGGCAUUCGGCAUGGACUCGAGCUCACGACAGCGCGACGACGAGACGCAGCAGUAUCUGACCGAGUUCUUCAUCCGCUGCGGCCGAGAGAACGUUGCCAACUUCCAGGAAUGGUACAACAUGCUGACAGACGAGGAGAAGGCCAAGCUGAACGAGGUUGCUACCGCCUCGGGCUAGUAGAAUCACUGGACAGCUCGUAAUUAGCGAGACGUAUGGUAUCAUGAAGCAAGCGUGUCAGAGAGCUAGGUUGCUUGAUUUGGGGGGGGGGAGGAAUUUCCUUUCUUUUUAGUAUCCGAAUGAGGUGAAAAGGGGGUUUGGUCCUGUUCUUGGAUGGAAAGCAAAACUACUUUAUGGCAGCGGUGCGACAGACACUAUAAAAGGAC